AUGGUCACCUCGGCCGAGUAUUUGGAGCUGGAGGAGGAGGAGCUCAAUGAAACUGUCAUUUGCACCAACGACCAUAUGGAGGUUGUUAUUCCCAGUGCUUUUUUCCUCAACAAAGUGCCUCCAGUUUAUGUUUGGGAUUUGCAUUUAAAUGACCCGGAGUGUCGUGGCGUUGAGGUCGGCGAUGACUACGUUUUCAGCAUAAAGACGAAUCUCUCGGACUGCGGAACAAUAAUGGCCUCAGAUGAUUCGCACAUCAUGUUCAUAAACACCAUACACAACAACGACACAGACAUAAUAACGAGAAACUAUAUCAACAUAACAUUUGUGUGCCGCUACCCCAUAAACUACCUGGUUCAACAACCAAAUGGAGAAAACAUGAUCAGAGUAGAUGUCAGAACCAUCACUCUGAACACAGAGGACGGGAACUUUUCAGUGUCAAUGUUACUGUACAAAGAUGAAGCCUUUGAGGACAGAUGGACCACUGUUCCAUCACUGACGCUAGAUGACGACAUCUUUGUCAAAGUUUUCAUGAUACCGGCUCAUCUGAUGCUGCGUAUGGAGAGAUGCUGGGCCACACCAACCAGUGAUCCAUACAGUAAUAUUCAGUACACCUUCAUCAGAGACAGCUGCCCGGUGUUGGCGAAUGAACAGACUCUGAGCGUGUUGAGGAACGGUCAAGGUCCAGAGGCCACGUUCAGGAUACAAAUGUUCAAGUUUGUCGGCAGCUCUUACACCAACGUCUUCCUCCACUGCAACGUCCAGAUCUGCCACAACACUGCGGGACUGUGCCAGCCUAACUGUUCCAGUGACGGUGAAGAUGAAUUAAUCAGGAUACGGAGAGACAUCCCUCUGUCUCAUACAGUGUCUUACGGACCAAUCAGACGACUACUAAGCAAUAGUGAAAAGCCCAGUCUGAAUGCAGCCGGGGUCCCUCCUGUGGAGACCUUUGUCCUUGGAGGACUGCUGGUCGUCCUGCUGCUGAUCACAGGAGUGUUUGGGAGGCUGUGGCUUCGCUCCAGACGCUUCUACCCUGCGAGGGAGGCGCAGCUCACCCUGUCCAACAUUCACCACAUCUCAGAGGUGGCCUCAUGA